AUGCAGUUCCCGCACUUCCUCAGCUGUAUUUUCCUGCUCUCCUCUCUUUCUUUGGCUGGUCCAAUCUCCCAUCCCCUCCCCGACGCAAGCGAUGAAGACCCUUCUCUCGCUGAGCGAGACAUCCCCGGCUGCUUCCCCAUAGGCGGAGGCGACAUGCUAAGCUGCCCGGGCCAAAGCCCCGCAAUCCAAUUCGAGAAAAGCACCAAGAACUCGGCUCCCACCGGCAGACCAUGCAUCCCGAUCGGAGGCUCCGACUUGACCUACUGCCCCGACUCAGGCAAAACCUACGGCGGACGGUUUCCAAUAGACGGCAGAUCGCCAGACGACGCACCCUCUGCCCUUGAGGACGACGUCGAAGCAUCCUCCCCCUCCUCAGCAAACCCCAAAAUCACACCCUUCCCCGACCCCCCCACCAAACGACAAGCCCCCCAGGCCUCCGAGACCUUCGAAAUAACAUUCAACUCGGGCCGCACCGUAACGCUAACCGUCCCCUACGGAUACCGCCUAGACCGCAUCAACCAACCCAGACCUGUAGCUCCGACUGCAGCCCCGGCGGCUGCAGCCCCGAACGCAGGCCUGACAGCCCGCCGCUCCACCAUCACCUCCACCAGGGUCGUGACCGUAACCGUGCUAGGACCUUCCCCGGCCGCCCCGGCUCCAACUGCCGGCUAUAGUGCGCUGCUGCCGGCUCCUCCCCGGCCUGCUCCUCCUGUUCAGGAAGAGCCUCAGAUGGGAUUAGCUGUUACGCCGGUUUCUGCCUCGUCGCCGGAUACCGCUGCGGAGCCUGGUGUGGUGGUUCCUACUUCUGCCCCGGAUGAUGACGGUUACAACGAUGAGGAGGAGGACGACGACGACGACGAAUUAAAGGUCAUUCCUGUUCAUACUACUAUGUGA